CAAGGAGGGCUCUCCCUCCGAAGUAGGUGACGUCACUAGAACCAAGGCGGGCCUGGGAAUUCUAGGGAAGCCCUCUCGCUCCUGGGAGGGGCCGAGGAGGAACGCCGCGGUUGUGACGUCACGGGAGGGCGUGCGGAUUCCGGGGAAAGCCCCACCCGCAGCUGGGCGUUCCUUCCAGGCGGCGGGAGAAGCUCUUUUUCCCCCCCGCCAUGGCUGCUUUGCAGUUCCUGCUGAUGAUCCCGGCCCUGGGCAAUUUCCUUUUCACCUUCGGGACCGGCGUGGAGCUGAUCCGUUUUAUUUCCUACCGUGCCAUCUUUUUGCAGCUGCCCGCGGGGGCUGCGUCUCCUCCCCACGUGACUCCAGAUGGCACCUCGAAUUCUCAAUGGAAAACUGCCCUAAGGGAUCCCAAGAUUCUGCACUCGCUAACAGCGGAUGCGGGCCUGAUCAUCCUUUUUAUCCUGCAGCACAGCCUUAUGGCUUCUGACCGGGUCAAACACUGGACUUCCAACUGUUUUGGGGUCUUGCAGAGAACAGUCUAUGUUUUUUGCACAGACUUAACUCUUCAGUUGCUGAUGAGGUAUUGGCAGCCAGUGCUGGAGGGCCCCAUGCUCUGGAAUACGAGUACUGAGCCAUGGACCACUUGGGUUCCACUCACCUGCUUUAUCCUCCAUUUCAUCUCCUGGCUAAUCAUCUUUAGCAUCAUCCUCAUCUUUGACUAUGCAGAACUGAUGGGAGUCAAACAGGUUUAUUACUACUGCGUGGGCAUAGGAGACCCUUUGGCUCUGAAGUCUUCACGGGCCCUCCGUCUCUACUCCCACCUUCGCCACCCAUUGUACGUGGAAUUUCUCCUUAUCCUCUGGGCUGUUCCCUGCCUCUCUCUUGACCGUCUGCUUCUGGCCUUCUUCUUCACUGUCUAUCUUACCUGUGCUCACAGCCUUGAUGAACAGGAUUAUCUCUACCUCCGUGCCCAGCUGGAGAAGAAGUUCCAAAUCUUCUCCCGGGAAGAGGCAGCUUAUGGGGACUUAUUGGCUCAAAACGGCCCCUCAGACUACAAGGGCAACUGAGUAGGAGUGAGAGAGGUUAUCGAUUUUGGAUGCAGAGGGGGCGUCUGACUUUUGUGGGGGGGAGGUCUGACGGCCAGAUCCCUGCCUGCAAAGCACUGAAUAAUACACCGUAUCUUAUCUUGAUUGUGCUUUUACACAUAAAGGACUUGAAGGGCUACCUCCAAAAAUUUGGUAUCUACUGGGCCCAGUCUCUUCUAACCCCCUAAAAGAAUCUUUUCCUAAGCUCGUGUUCUCCAUUGUUAUGGACUGGAAGUUCAUUGUCUUCAACAGCAGUGGUAGAUGAAGAUGUUGGGAAUUUUAGUCCCAACACAUUUGGAGAACGUUAAAUUGGGAUAGUCUGGACUGAAACACACUAAGUUCUACUAGCAUGGAGGUGCUGUUUAGGAUCUUAUUGGAGGAAGUUGGAAUGACUGAUGCCUGGGUUGAUCUCACCCUAGAAUAUUAAGGAGGUACUUUUCGAUCAUGAACUUUUCUCACUUACUCUAAUGAGAAUCCUUAAUAAUGAUUGAAGUCUAGCUAUAAUUGGCCAUUUUCAUGGCAGCCUCUGGAUUUGAUGGUUGCGUGGAAGGCAAGCAGUUGAUUAAACAAAUGUGUCUAGUUCUAGAAAAGAAGCUUCUCUAGAAUACAGCUGUAUAGCAUAGCAACCCCUUCUAAGUAAAAAAAAAAUGGGGGAAGUGACUGCCUUUUAGCUCUUUAAUGGUCUGGUCUGACCAAGAGAAUGUGCAAAAUGUUCCUCCUUUUAAAAUUAAUAGCAUAUUUUAUUUAUUUCAAAUGAGCUUUUACUGCCACAAUUUUUAAUUAUAGUAUUCUAACCUCUGUCAACAUGUAAAUACUUAUUUUUUAAAAAUAUUAGCAGCCAAGUGCACUUAUUUUGAGGAAUACGAUAUAAGGGGAUUAUAGAUGCAUUUCUUCAAUAUGAUAGUAAGAAAGCACAUUUAUGAGUCUAUGUGUGUGGUGGUUUAAACCGCCUAAUUACUGUUGCAAAGGUGCCUUGCUUUUGAGGUGAAAACUUCCUUGGAUCAUACAAGAAAAAGCAGAAAUCAAAAAGCUUUCAGUCCAAAUGCUAAUCUUAGUAUUAGAUUUCCCUAAGGGAUUUCCAAAAAUUUUCACCAGUGUGCUUCUUUUAAAAGAUUCUUUUGAUUAAUGGAAAUAUUGCCCAUGUUGGAGAUUUCAGAUACAGCUAUCCUUGUUAUUCCCUAGCAUGCUGGCUUGGGAAUUCUGGGAGUUGAAGUCCAGACAUCAAGUUGCCACAGUUGAGAAAUACAGUUAUAGGCCAUUGGCUUAUGGCUCCCCUCCUCCCUCAUCAUCGUGUCAUAGAGUCACAUCUGGGGGCCAUCCAGCAGCAUCAAUAGGGAGGGUCAAAAAAAGCUAAGUAAGUGGCCCACCCCUAUUGUAGAUGUAUAAAAGGAAAGGACUUUUAUCUCGAUGCCUCUAUGUAAAUUUUGAACUCUACCCCAUAGGAGGCUACUGUGGGCACCAAUUUGGGAAAGUUGUGGGCAAUGGAAGUCCUGCACUUUAACUGCUUAGCAGAAAAAUCCUUCAACUUCCUGUAGGGAACAUUACAAUGGAACAUAUAUUUUUUUAUUGGGAACUGCACAGAUGUGAUGAAUAAAGAAAUAAAAUAAACAUGUUCCAUCACUCUAGGAGUAAAAUGUCUGAUUCCUCCCUGUGUCAAAAUGUUUAUUUUGUUGAAAUGCUUACUUUUGUUAAAGGUACAGGAACCUUUUACCUAUAGCAGAAGGAAGAAAGUUAAAAUGUGUAGGCCAGGGGUCUUCAAACUUGGCCCUUUUAUGACUUGUGGACUUCAACUCCCAGAAUUCCUCAGCCAGUGUGCCUGACUGAGGAAUUCUGGGAGUUAAAGUCCACAAGUCACAAAAGAGCCAAGUUUGAAGACCCCCCUGGUCUAGGCAGUUGCUGCCUAAGGUGUUUCUGCUGCCUUAUUUUAGUGACCUGGAAUACCACCAGUAUUGCUUUCAAAACAUUGCUCUGCCUUUGUAAAUGUAUAUUUUAAUUCUGUAUCUUAAUACUAACGAAGCUUUUUUUUU